CGAGCGGUCCCAUGCAAAGGAUUUGCGACAGGCUUUAUUGUUUCUUUGCUUUCGGGAUCCGAAAUUGUUGUCUAUCAACUCACUUCUACAAUCAAGUAACGGCACGGAAAAAUGGCUGGUGGUAAGGCAGGAAAGGACAGCGGCAAAGCCAAGGCAAAAGCAGUGUCGCGCUCCCAGAGGGCUGGACUGCAGUUCCCAGUGGGUCGUAUCCACAGGCACUUGAAAACCCGCACAACCAGCCAUGGUCGUGUAGGAGCCACAGCAGCUGUGUACAGUGCUGCUAUCCUCGAGUACCUCACUGCUGAAGUACUAGAGUUAGCAGGCAAUGCCUCCAAAGACUUGAAGGUGAAGCGUAUCACUCCCCGUCACUUGCAGCUGGCCAUUCGUGGUGAUGAGGAGUUGGACUCCCUUAUCAAGGCAACAAUUGCUGGAGGAGGUGUCAUUCCCCACAUCCACAAAUCCCUCAUUGGGAAGAAGGGCCAGCAGAAGACUGCAUAGAUGCCAUGUUGACCAUAUGUUUCGGGGAUUGGGCUUUGAUCGGACCAGGAGUUCACAUUUGUUUGUUUUUUAUUAACAUUAUAGCAAAAAAGAAUGAUUGUUAGGCUUUUGUGUUAUAUUUUCCCAUAACUAGAAAAAAGUACAGUAAACCCCCUUAACAACAAAAAACCUUUGUAUGUUAUUGUAGAAUGUUUGACUGGCGAGUUGAUGAAUAUUACAAGUUGUGACAGUGAAUUUGUUUGAUUGGCCUGGGACUCUGUAUUGUUUUAUACUGAAAAAAGAAAUUGUUAAACCAUUUUUAUAUAAAAAAAAAGACCUUCUUUGUCGUUAUUUUCUUGAAGUUAAAAUGUUUGAUAGUACAAUUUCUAAGGUGUUUUUUGAACAGCAAAUUAGUUAAUGUGACAUGGUGCUUUUUCCAUCUGACUUGUAAUCUUUUUGAACUGCACAAUAGCAGUGAUGUCUUGAAAACCUUUUUUUACAUGACACUGCCACAGUGUUUUUUUGUUGAAUUUUAUGGCUGACAAGUGUUAAACUUGUGCAUUCGAUGGUGCAAGUAUCUGUUGCAGUGAGCAGUUGACACUGUUCCUGCAGAUUUUAUCAAUGAGUAAGAAAAAAAAAAUCCUGCUAUCUGUCAAUGACAUAUAUCGCUCCUUGAUAUAGUCUAUACCCAGAUAUAGCAGGUUAACUCUGUGCUUCAUUUAACCACAGUACUCAAGUGAAUGCACACAAUUAAAUGUUCAUUACAAUAGGGUGAAGUCUUUUUCUAAAAUGCUAUCUGUUCAGGGAAAUGACUGCAUAUUUUAUCUUUGAAUAAAUACCAUAUGCAUGUUGA